AUGCAGCACCCCACAGACCAAGAGAGGGUCACCAUGCCUACCGGCAACUUGGGCGUCACCCCCAGUGGGCCCCUGGCCCCACGACCCACUCUCCCUCAGAGGGAAGAGGUGGGGUCGGUAGAGCAAUUAAAUUCAGAGGAGUUUCACUCCCUGCUUGACGCGACCAUGGCAAAAUCGGUCACGCAAGCCAUAUUCACAGCAAUGGGGACGAUAUCAGAUAACUUGACUCAGUCCAUUAGCCACGCCAUCAUGGUGUCUGGCCAGGGCUCCGGUGACCAAAACCCCAAGGCCCCAAAUGCUGAGCCUGCCCCCCUUAGCGGUCGCAAGGCUCCUGCAAAGACCCAUCACAUGGGCACAUACACCUCCAAAACUGUUGUGACGGACAGGUUGCGCCCUGUCACUGAUGAGGACGUGGGGCCCCCACGUAAGAGAGCCUCCCACCGGGCAAAAGCAGUGCGGUCGUGGAAAUGGGUGAAAGCCAAUAAAGAUAUUUCCGAUUCUGACUCGGACCAAAAGGAGGUAUGGAGUGAGUCCGAAGAUAUGGGCUUGCAAAAUUCUGAGGACUCUUCUCCGGAACGAGACCGUUCAGACAAGCCGCCCACUAAGGGUCGCGACAAGACGGAUGA